AUGAUUUAUACUCAUGCACGCAAGACAGCUCUCCGGAACAUACCCCCGGUAAUCAGUAGCCAGUCAACACACUGCGCUGCGUUGAUCUGGUUUGUCGAGUUCGCUUUUCUGCUAUCAACAAUCAUCAGCUACGUCCUUCAGCAAGAGAUCUAUGGCUCUGAGCGUGAUUUUCAUAGUAUUUUGGCUUUUUGGAGAAGCGUUAAGCCUUUCAGGUUGGUAAAUUUUCACAGCACUAACAGUAAUCACCAUGCGAACCGUGCAAAACAAGAUAACAAAAAUUGGAAAGCCUGAACAAGUAUAGCUAGAACGUAUGACACAAGUGAUUCGACAAUAGCUGCAUUUAUCUACAUGGAACUGUUCACGAUUAUUGAUGUUUUAAACUUCCACUAUCGCGAACAAUUUCAUGGAAGCGUUAAGCAUUGACGAGAAAAUAGAUAAAAGCGUUGGACAACCUAAAAAUGGUUAAGGAACGCGUUUUGUUACACAGUCAAUGACUAAACUGCGUUUAAAUAAUUACCGACAGGCCUUGUUGUAUUGAUGUCGCUAAACUAUUCAGUACCAAGUGUGCGCUUAUUAGCGGUGUUUGUCUAACGAGGAAUUCAUAGCGGUAUUUUCUUUCUGUAAAAAAUGCAAUCUAUUGGUCAGAAGCGGGUUUUCUACGAUUUUUACUUCUGUUUCCCUGAUAGCCUGUGUUCCCACACGAGCACUUCUUGCGACAAAUUCUCGAGACAUACUUCGCAGCUGUACUUGAUUCGACAUGAUUUCAAUGACGAUACAGUGACGAUACUUUGUUCAAAAGAUAGGAAAACAACCAAAAAUACCUCUUGAAAAGGAGGAGUGCUUAUUACAUAUACAUGUAUACGACAUCCCAAAUAACAAAGCAAAACUCUAGGGUCCCGUUCACAAGAAUUAGGGCAAACUGAAAAUCGUGUUAAUUGAAGUUAAUAAAACAUCUUAAUCGAUUUCACUUGGUCCGAAAAUGGAAGACUACGUUUCUACGUUUCUCUAGAUUUUGCCGUUUUAGUGAGCGAAAGCUAAGCGAGUCAUCAUAAACCAUUUCUCCACGCUUUUGCUUUAUGGCUGACCGAAACUCUUCUUUGGACUUUUGUCAAGGAUUCACGGCUCCAAAAAUGCCUGCUCUACAGUUGUUUACUCAAAUAAUUGCGUCUAAGGACAGGUAUUAUUUAAGCACUAUAUGCGUGCGUGCCUAAGGCACUCUCUGCUUGAAAACAUCAAAAUUCAAAUUAAAAAAUUAUAUCAUUCAGUCUUCUGAGCUUUCCUUUUAUGAGCUAACAGCAGUAAACAUCAGUCUUUAAAUUAGAAUAACAACUAAUUUAAAUGUUUAUUAGCUCCUCGAACAAUGAAUUCACGCACUCCCGGCAAGAAAACACAACAACAAGUGUUUCUGACACCAACAUGGCGUCUAUCUCCAUAGAAGCAAAACAACAACAAAAACAACAGCAUUUUUGCAUCUAAAGGAAGAUUGAAGGGCCUCUGCUCACAGGGUACUUCGUUUCGUGAUAGAGGGCAUUAUAACUUGAAUUUCUAAGCCUUGCGUGACGUAGAAUUUAAAAGGCACCCAAGAAAGCUGCCAUGUAGGUUGAAAAUUAAGAGAAUUUUACUUCAAGGUUUUGUUAUCUGAACAAUCGCUGUAUUGGAAUACGUAUCAAUUUUAAUUUUCAUGAGCUUUUCGAAUGAGGACUUCAGACCGCCAUCGCAAAACUCAAUAACAGAAUUUUUCGCUGGUUUUCUGCCGUCAUAUACGUGCCCUCUUAUAAGAAACCAACAUGAGGUCUCCAUGAACAACAACAGCUGUAACAAAAGCAUGUUAAUUUAUAACAAAUGUCGAAAGUAAAAUAGCAACAGCACUGACAGCAGGGCCCACACUCUUUCGUGUGCGUGUAAAAACAAUCUUUAUUGUUAUAUUGAUGGAAAGUUUUCCCCAUAAACGCGCGCUCUUAUUGGUUACUUCGAGGUCACAUGACAUCUAACAAUUAAACUGUUUCCCGCCAAAAUCUCUGAGCGGGCAACAUAAUCUAUGACGAAUCGAAUCUCAAUGUUUCCCUCUGCUUCGCCUCUCGCGAAGCAAUUAACUGUUUCCCUCGGGAACAGUCAUUAGAGCGGUUUUCACUUGACUGUCGAAAGGGAUUGGUUUUGGUUUUGGUUUUGGUUUUACUACGCCCUUUGGUUUGCUAGUGUAUUUACUUAGGUUUUGGUUUUACGACAGUCAAGUGAAAACCCGCUCUAAGUGUUUAUUAUAUCUAAAUGUUUAAUUUAGUACAGUCAUUACUACAAACCAGGGAGCGGGAAAAUCGGGAGUGGGCGGCUAGCGGUAGCCCAAUUUGUAUGCUAGUUGUUCAGUAAGGAUUUACCGUCAAACGGGCUGCUUCACGGUGAUGUACUUACUACGGACACCUCGCUAUCACAGACAUUUUCUUUUAUACUCGGGAUGGAGUAAAACCCUUGCGAGUCUCUAAUACCAUGCUCUAUUUCGGGCUCCCAUUAAUGUGAAAAACGGCUACUAUUGUCCAAUAACUAUAUUCUCAUAAAACGUUUACCUCAAUAACGCGAAAACUAUUCAUAAAACUGUGAGCAUGCGUCUUGUUUGAAAACACAACACCUUUCGAUCCAAAGACCGGGGCACUUAGCAUUACACCACCGCGCAAUUCGGACAGCCGCAGUAAAAUGGCGCUAACGUGACGUGAGAAAGGAGUACUGUGAGGUUUUCUUUGCUUAGUGAAGUAAGUAUCCAAUCAGUGACCAUAUCAUUCUCUUUUUACAGCAGAAAAGAAGUUCAACACUAUCGUGGCAACUUGGUCUUUGAGUAUUUUCUUUCUGGUUCUGAGCGCCGUCAUCACCACAGUAUUUAUGUUCAGGAUAAAAAAGAGGUAAGGAUAAUUUCAGAUCAUUAUACGUUUCUGGGAAACUGCCCAGCUACCCCUCCCCUCAGCCAACAUUAACGUUUACCUCUCACUUCUGGCAAAAUGUUGGCUUAGGGGAGGGGGAGGUGGGCAGUUUUCCAGAAAAGUAUAAUGAUGAGGGCCGGACAGGAAAACAUGGCGAGGUCCGUGCGUCCUGACCGAGAGCCAAAUAUUUCCCCGUUCGACCCGACCUAACUCAGUCAAUAAGUAUUCUAUCACAUGACCGUUGUGUUUAUUAAAAUUGUUCUGACGGAGCAAACCCUCAUCGAUCAGAACGCUUUUUAAGCAGGGGCGUAGGCGUUUUUCCGUCCCUAUCACUUGACGCUUAUGGCCCUCAUACGGGAUUUUUUUAUAUGGUUUUCCAACAAGAUUGCGCGCGGGCCGUACGGGUCAUAUGAUAGUAGCUAAUACUCGUUAUUGCAGGGAGGGGGAAGGGACACUUAAUGAUCCCGUAGGCAGAGUAUAACGUAUAACAAGAAGCACGUGUUAGCCGGGCUUUAUACUGCUACUUAACCAUUAAUUCACCAACACCAACAUGGCCGCCGUGACGGCAUGCGCCGUGACGCCAUUUCCAUAUUUCCCACAAUGCACCUAUUGUCCCCCCAAAUUUUGCGCAACCUUUGUUUUUCAUUUCUCCUGGGUAUUACAGCCGUCCCAAGAGAAGUUUAAAACAAUGUUUAUGCAAAAUUUGGGGGGGGGGGUAGGGGGUUAAUAAGGUGCAUUAUGGGAAAUGUGGACGUGGCGUAUAGGACAACAGUAGAAAGAAAAGUUUUCCGAGGUAUCAUCACGUGACCUAAAAUGAGAAAACAAAGAACACAAGCUAAAAAGAUCGAUUUGCCCAAGAAACAACAAAGCUGAAGAAUUCUGAUAGUUGAAGUCAAAUGCUGUUGCCGUUGUAAACUAACCGUAAUAAACAUUUUUUUCUAAAAUGCGCAGGUUUUCGAGAAUAGACUUAGCUGCAGAAGGGACUCAGUGAAAAGAACAAAACCAACAGCAAUUUGGCUACUUCGUACAGGUAAUAGUCUUAGUAAGCAUCUGUACGUUUUAGUAAUAGUUUUAGUAACCACUUUCAAACUCGGCAAUUUUACUCAUUUUAAGACGCUCUUUCCAGUGAUGUCGACAGAUUUUUGCUAACUUGUCAACGUCACAGUCCCUCAUUUUCCCUCAGGUAUAGUAGAGCGAGCGAGAGGCGAACGCGCGUGAAAAUCACUCCACUCGAGAAAGGCGAGACGCGGCGGGGAAAGAGAAAAAAACUGGAAAGGGUGUAUCAUGUUGCAAGUCCAGCGCUCUAACCACUCUUCUAGCAAUUGAACUUUCCUCCAUUACAGUAGCUCGGAAAAAAAAUAGUAUUUCAAACAGGACAUACUGUAAUAAAUGCAGAGAAGAUCAUCUUCUCUCUCCAUUUAUUUAUCCAUCCCGCAGUUCAAUCGAUUAUAAUGUCAACUUCAUUUUCAUCUCUCUUUCAGGACAAAAAGAGAGUAUCCAUGGUUGUGAAAAGGGAAAAAGAUUCAAAGGGCUGGGCCGAACUUUCAAUACAGUCGUAGCAUAG